UCAGCAACAGCAGCAGCGAAUAAAAACUGGUUGGGGUGCGACGACAGCAGCAGCAGCCGCGGCAGCAGCGACUUCGUCGUUCAUACAGAAUAUUGUCAGCACCGCCGCCAGCAGCAGCAGCGGAGGAGGAGAGCUUUUGAUAUGUCAGUCAUAAUUGGAAGAUAGACACUAGCUCCUUCUGUUACACGUACUGUGUUCUUUCAAUCGAUUUCGAUCAAACAAAUUUUUACUUACCCCUUUUUGUUAAUUAUUUCUAAAGGAAAAAGCCUAAUCGCUAGCUGCAACCAUUCCAAUUCCCCAGGCAGACCACUCAUAUCUAAUGCAACUUCCAGUCGCGUGUGAUGGAUUUUGCUGGUGCCUGAAACCUGUAGUCUCCCGAAACGCACCGCAGUUCACGGCAUCACAGUCUAAUCAUCAGAAGUAAUACACCCAAAGACGUCCAGCCUGAGGCUGGAUCACUAACCAGUCGCACCUAAACUAACAAUGAAUAAGUUUUGGGUGCUGACCAAUUUGAUUCAAAAUUCGAACGUGUAUCCACUACCCAAAGUCGAGCAUCCGCACCAUCAGCAGUCGGAUCAGCAACAACAUCCUCCACCGUCUCAACACCCCCAGCAACAGCAGCAGCAUCAACAACCGCCUCCGUCCCAUCAGCCACCAUCGUCGACGACGUCGUCUAAAGGUGGAGGAAGUCGGCAUCCCCCCGGUGCAAAUCAUACGCUCGGGCCUGCGCCAGGAUUAUACCAUAAUCCGGGUGGCGUUCCCGGACCAACGCCACCCAGUGCCAGUUCGGCACCAACUGUACCUACAUCGGCCAUAGGAUCGACUCACUUAACGAAUCUCUCCGGACCUGCUUCUAGCACGCAUAGUAGCAGAGGCAGCAGUCAUCCAGCGCCUCCACCCGGAGCACAUUUACAGCAAUUGAACGGAGGAGUUCCAACGGAUCACACGAAGCCCCAGUAUUUAGGUAACAUGCAGGUUCAUCCGGCGCACAGCGGAAGCGGUCACCAUCCGCCGCCCCCUCCGACGCAGGGUCCACCUCAGUCUGCGCAUCCACCACCGCCGCAACCGAUCUCGAUCGUGAAACCUGAGUUCAAGGUGCCCUCGAUACCGGCCCAUCUGAUGGACGUGCGCGGUCCGGACGGGUCGAUCGUUAAGAUCAACAUGCCGGAGCACCACGAUCCGAGCAAACCGCCGAACAACGUGGAAAUGUUAAAAGUCAACAUCGAGGAUCUCAGUCAAUUUCUCUCGUACCAUGAAGUCUUCGGAAAGCUACCUUCCGAUAUGCUAACGGGUCCCUCCGCUAGCCUAGUGCCAUCAUCCGCUACCAAUACUGCGACGACUAGUGCCGGUCAUAGUAAUGGUAAACUAAACCACAUCCGUCAGCAGCAUCCUCAGGGCGAAUCGCCGUUCAAGUGUAGCUAUUGCGCGAAAAGCUUCACGCGGAAGGAACACCUGACCAACCAUGUGCGCCAGCACACCGGAGAGUCCCCCUACCGCUGUCCGUACUGUGGAAAAACCUUCACCAGGAAGGAGCAUCUCACGAAUCACGUAAGAUUGCACACGGGCGAAACUCCCUACCAGUGCACAUUCUGCGGGAAGAAAUUCACCAGAAAAGAACACCUUACCAAUCAUGUCAGGUUACACACCGGAGAGACCCCGUUCCAGUGCACUUAUUGCGAGAAGAAGUUUACGCGAAAAGAGCAUUUGACAAAUCACACGAGGUUACACACCGGCGAAACGCCGUUCCAGUGCUCGUACUGUCAGAAGAAAUUCACCCGCAAAGAGCAUUUAACAAAUCAUGUCAGAUUACAUACUGGAGAAACCCCCUUUCAGUGUACCUAUUGCGAAAAGAAAUUCACGCGCAAAGAGCAUUUAACGAAUCAUGUCAGAAUACACACUGGCGAGACUCCAUACCGGUGCACGUAUUGUGAGAAGAAAUUUACCAGAAAAGAGCGUUUGACGUAUCACAUAAGAUGGCACACCGGAGAGACUCCUUAUCAUUGCACAUAUUGCGAGAAAAAAUUCGCACGAAAAGAACAUUUAACGAAUCAUGUCAGAUUGCACACCGGUGAGACGCCCUAUCACUGUACCUAUUGCGAGAAAAAAUUUACCCGCAAAGAGCAUUUAACGAACCAUGUCAGAUUGCACACUGGAGAGACUCCCUAUCAGUGCACAUAUUGCGAGAAGAAAUUCAGUAGAAGAGAGCGUUUAACGAUUCACACAAGAAUACAUACCGGAGAGACCCCUUAUAGAUGCACAUAUUGUGAUAAGAAAUUUACCAGAAAAGAGCGUUUAACGUAUCACAUAAGAUUACAUACCGGAGAGACCCCCUAUCAGUGUACCUAUUGCGAGAAAAAGUUUACGCGAAAAGAGCAUUUAACAAAUCAUGUCAGAUUGCACACCGGAGAAACACCUUAUCAGUGCACUUAUUGUGAGAAGAAAUUCACUCGAAAAGAGCAUUUAACCAAUCACACAAGAUUGCACACUGGAGAGACCCCCUAUCAUUGCACCUAUUGUGAGAAGAAAUUUAUGCGAAAAGAACAUUUGAAAAACCACGUCAGAUUACAUACCGGAGAAACUCCCUAUCAGUGUACGUACUGCCAGAAGAAGUUUACGCGAAAAGAGCAUUUAACGAAUCACACCAGAUUACACACUGGCGAAACCCCCUACCAUUGCACUUUCUGUUCGAAGAAGUUUGCUCGCAAAGAACAUCUCACAAACCAUAUCAGAUUACACACUGGCGAAACUCCUUACCAAUGUACGUUCUGUUCAAAGAAGUUCACUCGAAAAGAACAUCUCACAAACCACAUCAGGUUGCACACCGGGGAAACUCCUUACCAGUGUAAUUUUUGCCAAAAGAAGUUCACGAGAAAAGAACACUUAACGAACCAUGUCAGAUUACACACGGGCGAGACUCCUUAUCAGUGCUCGUAUUGCCAGAAGAAGUUUACGAGAAAAGAGCACUUGACCAAUCACACCAGAUUGCACACUGGAGAGACUCCUUAUCAUUGCACCUAUUGCGAGAAGAAAUUUAUGCGAAAAGAGCAUUUAACGAACCAUGUCAGAUUGCACACCGGAGAAACUCCCUAUCAGUGCACAUAUUGCGGGAAGAAAUUCACCCGAAAAGAGCAUUUAACCAAUCACAUCAGAUUGCAUACCGGAGAGUCUCCCUAUCGGUGUGAGUACUGUAACAAGUCAUUCACCAGAAAAGAACACCUCAAGAAUCAUGUCAGGCUGCACACCGGUGAUUCGCCGCACAAAUGCGAGUAUUGCAACAAAACGUUCACUCGCAAGGAGCAUCUCAACAACCACAUGCGUCAGCACAGCGGGGACAAUCCGCACUGCUGCAAUGUGUGCAACAAGACCUUCACUCGAAAGGAGCAUCUGAUCAACCAUAUGAGCCGGUCGCACACAGGUGAGCGUCCGUUCCAGUGUGAUGAGUGCGGUAAAUCGUUCCCGCUCAAGGGCAACCUGCUGUUCCACGCGCGUAGCCAUACCAAGGGACAACCGAUGGAACGGCCGUUCCGCUGCGACAUGUGCCCGAAGGACUUUAUCUGCAAGGGUCACCUGGUGUCCCAUCAGCGAUCUCAUACCGGGGAGAAGAAUCAUCACUGCCCGCAGUGCAGCAAGUCGUACGUUGAGCGUGGCAACAUGCUGCGGCAUAUGAAGAAAACGCACCCGGACGCGGUCAUACCGGUGCUACCGAAGUUGCCGCACAUCAAGGUGGAACCGAAGUCCACCGGUGAGUACUUAUCUCAGCCAACGUCGGUGGUGACGUCCCCGGCUCAGGCCACCUCCACAAUCACAUCGAUCAUCUCCAAUACUCAUCCAUCGCAGCAUCAUCACAUUCAACCGAAAAUGGAACAGAAAUCUCAGAUACAUCAUCUUCCGAUUCCCCAUCAGCAUCAGGCUCACCAGCUGCACCACCACAUCUCCGCACCGAUGCAUCUGCCCCCACCAAACCCCCAACAAUUGGCAGCACUCGCCCUCCACCACCAGGUGGCCCAGCAGCAGCAGCAGCAGCAACAACAAUCCUCACCCUCAACGGGCCGAGCACAGCCUUCUCCUCGUACAUCACAUCCGCCGCCGCCGCCGCAGCAGCAGCAUCCGGUGCAACAGCAGGGGCCGCCCCAGGUCCCCCAGGGCCCCCCGGAAAACCAACAGCAGCAGCAGCCGGGCCCGGGCCCAACUGGACCCCUGCCACCACAACACCAUACGGUCCCGGUUACUAUUAUAACCCACGCUGGCACAAUUAAUCCAAUGCCGGAUGGGCUCAACAAUCGGGUGGGUACGAUACAGAUGCACCACCUGAAUGCGGGCCAGUCGGAGGAGCACUCGGUGGUAUAUUGAAAUAACCUCGAUGUAGCCGCCGCUGUCGCUUCCGCCCUCAACUAACUAGCGGAUCUUCAGGAAGCAACACGUUGACACGUUUGUAGCCACAACACACAUAAACACACUCACACAGACACGCAAAGAAGGUGUGCCACGCCUUGUUUGGGAUACCGCAGCAACAGUGGAUAAACAGUACAGAUUUGCAAUUAGUAGUUUUUAAAACAAUAUAGGACGAAUCUUACUCGUAACCAGUAAUAUACAUAGUGGAAACAUGUAUGCGACAACAACAAAACAAGUACUAAAAGAAGCAUGUAUGUAUUUAUACAAUUAUAUACACACAUACAAGUGGAAGGAAACAAUAAUAAGAAAAAUAAAACAUUGAUCGAUAUCAAAUAUCGAUGAAAAACUAACUAAAAGUAAUAAUUGAAAAUAUAAAAACAAUAAAAAACAGCAAGUUGAAAACAAACACAAACUAAUGGUAAUUUAGAGAAAAGAAACAAGAAAUUAAUCUAAAUUGGGAAUAUUAAAAUAUAUUGUAGUGAAAGAGAAAUUGCAAGCAAAACAACCAAUCCGACUGUUUAAAACGUUCUUUUUUGUUCGAUACGUGGAAACAGCGCAGCCCAGACGUGAUAGAAACACAACAGACACACCGUUAUAAAGCAAACACAGUGAAUAAGAGAAACCAGAAAACCCUUAGGUAAAGCUAUUACAAGAUGAUCAUAGAAAUCAAUACUUAAGCAAAUAAGCAAAUUGUUGAAAUAGGUGAAAUAAACAAAUAGUAAUUGAUUUUACCCCGCAGUUGAUAAAUGGAAGUUAAUCAGAACGGAUCGAGAGAAACGUAAACAAAACCGAAAGUUGCUGGUCACAAAAUGAAACAUUUUCGGAACAAGGUCAUAAAGAGAUAGGAAACAAGCUCUAUUCGAACCUGAACGGAGAGAAGAGGAAAACAAACAAAAACACAAUAGCGAUUGCGAGCAAUGGCAUCGCUAAAUGAAUAGUACAACAUUACACAGUAACUAUUAAUAGUAGAAACAAAGAUAACAAAUAAUCGUUUGGAAACUAAGAGCACCAUAAACGCGAGAAAUUUUACUGCGAUAAAAAAACGUGCAUGUUUUCCAUCCAACAUCUCAUACUUCAUCUUCUACGCUCGGUAACUAGUUAAACAGUCGCCAUAAAUGCUGCCGCCAUAAACAAAACCUAGACAUGGGAAAUAACUUGUCACAACUGUUGUAAUAGCCACGCCUACUUACAGAACUUUCACUCGCUCACGCAAAUCUAUUCAAUAGGGACAACUAACAUUCAAACAUUUCCACCACAAAAGGUACACUGAAUCGGGAUUAUUCCACACAGAGAAACCAUACUAUCAAUAAUCAAACCGCAAAUUCCACGCAGAACCGAGCACUCGUAGCAGUGCAACAUACACAAUAGAUUCCAAUCAACCACAACAACCACAGAUGUAAUAAUAAAACCGGACGCAAACCAAAACAAGAAAACAGCAAAACAAUUAUUUUUCUAUGUCUUGUGUGUUUUUUGUAUUGUAAUAAAGUGAGAGGUACUACACUGAUUUAUUAUGAGAGAGAAAGAGAGCGCGCGAUUGAGAGAUUUUUCUGUUUUUCUACAAUAGAAAGUUUUCAUUUCUAUCAACAAACAAGAAAAAUAGCAUGCCGAGGGCCGGUGGAUUUUUGCGGCACUUUGACGAAUCCGAACAAAAAGGAACGUGUCCCAAAAAUUCGCCACCCUUGUUUUAUUUAACCAUAACUUAACAAUAGUUCCAUAGCAUCUAUAAACAAUAGUAACCAGUUUUAUCCACAAACACACUCAUAUUACGCAAUAGAAUAUAACUCUGAAAAUGGAACCGUUCCGGUCGGGUGGGUCGGAAGGAUUGUCCUCGGACAAAAUACAAAAAUAUGCAACUCUCAGACCACGCUAGCUCGACCGGUGCCAACCUAACCAGCUACAAACUAUACUAAUUUUAAUUCAUACAGAAUAAAUAGUCAGGAAAAGAUUCUUCUUCUGAUAACGAUAACAGAUUACUGAGAAAGACAGAGAACCUAUAAAUGUAAAUGAACAUGUCCACAAACCUUUACUAAGCAGGCAGUAUAAUAUUGGUCGUAACGAACUUUGAUAGGGACAACUCAAGUAGCAGCAAAACACAGUUUGAACUCCCCACAGCUAAAAUCGGAGUGUUUCAAAGCAGCAACCGUUGUAGACAGUUUGAUUUUCGAGUUGAGUUUGUUUAACUGAAGCUUUUCUGUUUUAACAUAGUUUUUCGUAUUGUAUACAACCAACAAUACUACAAUAAAGUAACAAAUGACUAACAAAUUAAAACCGUACAGAACCACCGUAAUGGAGAUAGCAACCCUCACACAACCAAACAGUUGGAUUUCUCUUCUGAACAAGACAAUAGCAGACUAAAACAGGAAAGAGAGGAUCUACACACGGGGGGAUCUCGCGGUUUUUGUUGCUGCUACCAGAAGCGAAAAAGUGAGGUCCGCCGUUUGCCGAUCUGCUACGAAACAGCACACAAAUGAACAGCUGAAUAUUCAUUCUACCGCUUUAAUUGAUUUCAUUUUAGUUUCUAUUCUGUUGAACUACCUACAAUCAAAUACAAAUACUCAUGCAAUGUUUUUGUGCACCCGAUGCAGGAUUUGUUUUCUAGAUAUAUUAUUUUUUGCGUCACAAGAACUAUAUACGAAGCACAAAGAAGAAAUGAAAACAUCUUUUUGGCGACCAAUGUUUCGAGCUGACCCAUAGUCUGGACAUAUUUAGCGCGUUUCAACGCACUCUAUUUCCGAGUUAGUCAAUAGUAGGGUUAGGAACUUAGAGACAAAGGUAUAGUAGACUCGCAGGUGUCAUUAUGGCCAGGGCAGUGCAGUCGGUUGCGCGUACAUUGUGUGAAUGCUGUGCGAUAGCUUAUUGGCAUCAAAUGGACAGUUCGUUGGUGGAGAAUUGUUGGAGAAGACACAUUUUAGUGGAACUGCAGCUCAAAAUGCUACAUUAUUUGAUUUUUUGACACGGCGCAAUGCGUUAGCUUAAAGCAGCCGUGGGUCUUUUACAUAUUUACAAGACGUAAAAAUUAAAAAUGACAAAUAUUUUUAUUUAGAGCCGUGUAAAAUCCCGUGUGCGCAACCUGCCACUGCGAGCGGAGAUCUUUUUUCGCGGCGGGAAAAUGUUCGUUUUCUCGCCAACUUCGCCAUCCAUGUCUCUCUCUUUGUCGUUUACGACCGUAUCAUUUUCUUGACUACUGCCUUGAUACUGGCGAUUAGAUGUUCUUCCUGGCUUCCUGCGCACGCGGGUCACGAGUGUGAACUCUCCAUCUUUGGUGGUUGCUUCUUUACUGGUGGUAGUUGUUGCUGUGUUUGAAGUGCUUGCCGUAGCUUUUGCAGUUGUCAUUAUUGCCUGAACAGCUGCCACAAACUUUGCAACCGUUUGUGGUUCAGGUAGAAAUAUUGGAGCCUGGGUGUUGACAUUUCUACCUUUCCUCAACGAUUUCUGGUUGUCCACUUCUUCGCAAUACGACAUGAAUCAUGUAAUUUGAUUUCAAUAUUUCCAUUAUCCACAUAUAAAGGAAUCUUGAUUUUAACCUUGUUACAAACAAGCACGUGUUUUGAGUUGUUCUUCGAAAUGCAUCUUUUCGUCUGAACGAAUUUUUUGAAGGUUAUCAGCACCGCGUGUUUGACGUACUCCACCUGGAUGAAAGUGACUUCCGAAAACCGAUGCUGAAUUUUCACCUUCAGCAAAUGUUUCACAUAACGAAUACUCGGUCCUAUGCGAAAAAAACCUGAAGUCAAUGACGACCGUGUUAGGCCGAAUUAUCACGUUUUGUUGAUGAGUCCGAUGCCUCUGAUGGUUGGAAAUAGAUUACACAUACGCUUUUUGCAAUGUGGUAAGUUUACGGGUAGAUAUUUUUCGUGGAUAAAAUUUUUAUCCACGAAAAAUAUCUAUCUUUUUUAUUAAUCUUUCCCUUCUAUUAUAAUUCGAAGGAUAUUGGACUGUUGCCGUUUAGCGUAUUUCAUAUCCCAAUAAACUCAGUUUGUCGGCUUGCCCGCUGUUCGUGCAUAUCUUAUCCAUACAAAAUGGUUCCAAACAAGUAUUACGGUGUCAUUUGAUCUAUUCCUAUGAUGAACUCGAUGUUAGAAUAACAUAAUUUGUAUGCACUACUUAUAAUUGGAAGUCCCAUGUAGAUAGAUAGACAAAUAUGUGAUUAGGGAUCAUUUAUAAAUUACGUAACGCUAAAAUUGCCCAAAGUUGACUCCCUUCUCCCUCUAUGUAACAAAUUGUCACAAAUUUAUUUAUCUUCCCCUCCCCUAUUACGUAACAAACUCUUCGAAAAAAAUAAUGUUCAGUGAAAACGUGUUACGUAGCGAUCUAGCUUACUCCCCCUCCCCCAUAUGUCACAACAUGUCACAGCUUGUCGUACCCCUCCCCCCAACGUGUUACGUAAUUUAUAAAUGGUCCCUUGUAGGCAGUGUAUUUAUUGUUAAUGUUGUUAGUACUGUUAUAUGGUCAUUUUUCAUUCAAAUCAUGGAUAUAACCACACCGGUCCCAUAGCGUACUGCGUUUCAGCGCAAAUUAUCUUACUUCAUGAUUACACUGACACGUUUUCUGUUUGCGAAAUGUCCGGUUUAGAUCCAAUUUUUUCUUGUGGAAGCGCCCAAUUUUCAAACAAGAGUUCACCAUAUAUUAUCCUAUCAUUAAAUUGUAUUGCAUUAUCGGAAGGAGCAUUCCGUCAAUACUUACCAUCUGGUUUGACAGAUAUUUGUAUGUUGAAAUGCAACUAUGUAUUUUAAUAUGGUGUGCUCAAACGGAUGAACAGACCGCUCAUCAUAGUCGACCAUGGUAGCGUGAAAUUUGUAUGUUUAAGCCUACGAACUUCAAAAUCCUUGCAGUACACACUGACGAAUGUUUGCUGAUAACUAGGUUUUGUGAUUCGGGUGGAUAAUUCUAUGAAACGAAUCGAACCUGGUCGACACGGCUCAUACGCACAGUAUACACAAGCAAUGCGUCAUCUGGAUUCUAUUACGCCACAAUCACUUGAAUCUACAUACAGCAAAACCCUACGAACGUUCCCCUUCCGUGGCUCAUGUCAAAUGUGAGAUGGAACAACAAUCCUAUCAACAGCAGUAGCAAUAAUCUUACUUAUUCUGCUAUCGCAAUGAAAGAAUUCGAACAGCAACAUUUCUUUUAUAUCUAGCGAUGAAAUUUGUAUGACACUUGGUCGGUGUUACGUCAGACCGGACUAAGUGACAAAAUAUUGAUUUCGAGAAAAAUGAGUUUAAAGUUUGAAUCGCAGCAUCCUUUACAUUAUGAUUGGCAAUUAAUUUGUGCCAUGAUUCUUGUUUAUUGUUACAUAUUUCAAAUCUGACAAAAGGCAAAUGUAGCUGACGAAAUUUUUUGUCCAGUGAUAUCAUCUCAUUUUUUGAUGUUUUGCGACUUGGUCCGGUCUGAUUUAACACCGACCACUUAUAAGUGUCUGUAAUAGGAAAAGCCUUGUGCAAGUUUGUGAAAAAUGUAUUUGUUUUGCCUACUUUUGCAGAUUUGCGGUUUUUUCGAUACUGUACUAUUAAAACACAAAUAAAUUGAUAACAUUUUACUCAUAAUUGUCUGAAUCGAUUAAUGUUUGAAUUAUAAAAAUCCAUCAACAAUUAACAAAGUGUAAGCGAAAACUUUGUUUUCUCACAUUUUCACAAUGUGUCUACCAAAACAGAGAUUUGGUUCAGUUGAAAUAUCAAAACAAAGUAACAAUCAGUUUUUAAGCUGGAGUUUCUGAAUCGAGUGGUGAUUUAAUGACGCAAAUCCAUCAACAAUUAACAGCGCUACAGUCGUUUAAAGUUAUGCCACAUUUUGGUGACUCGGGUCGAAUUUCAAAUUUCAGAUUUACGCCUAGCCUAAAAAUAUCGGACACUGUACCACGACAGUAUGUAUUUUCGAGAAUCAUUUUGAUCGCCAUUCUGACUCACCACUACAGUCCAAUUUUUGCUGUGCGGGCGAGGGGUGGUUCUAUAAGUAACUGUAGCAAUUCGAUCGUGAACCGACAAAUGGGCCUAAAUAACAAAUGUACACAAACGGAAAUUUGAUCAAUAUCUUAAAGAGGAGUAAAAAUACUUCAUAAAAAUAUAAAAAACUCAUUUAUAAAUAUUUCACACUUCAUGAAAAUCAAUAAAAAACAAAACGGCGGAUCCGACUUUCAACUGUAAACGAACCGCCAGGCAGUUACGCCUCUGCAUUUCUAAGGUAGUGUAUACGGGCGAAAUUGACAGCAUCGUUGUUUACAAGGUCGGUAAACAGAAUCGCCCUAAACAAAAACGGCAAAAGCCACAUUUGAUUUUUGUUUUCUGGCGACAGUGCAGGGCGAAAUUGAGAGUCGUCAAAACAAGAGGGCGACUCGAAAAUGACCUAAUCAACAUUUCAUAACACUCGGCGAAAUAAUUUUUUUUUCAAUUUUAUCAACGAAAACGUUAUUAUAUAAAACAUUUUAGUUAUGCUUCCGAAAACUAGUAUUGUUUCAAAGUGUUUCAAUAUAUUUGAAAGCGCAGUAUGCAAACACUGUUAAAAUACGAUUUAAUUUUCUGAAGCAAAUUUUUAAAGCUAUCUUUCUCUGUUCGAUAUCAUUGUGACUUCGGCCCUUUGGUCAAUUCAUGAUCAAAAUUCUUGGUCCAUUCGCCGUCUGCUUAUUCUGUAUUCCAUCUGUAGCCCAUCGUAGAUCGUAACCUUCCAUUCGACAACACUAAAAACGACUUAGUCCACCGCCAGCCUAGUCUAGGGGUAGAUCACAAGUGAUGCAUUUUUAAAAAUCAAAAAUGGAAAUUAGAUGCAUUUUUUUCUAUUUGAUGCAAAUUUAUUGUACAUUCUUAGAGUGAUCUGCCCCUAGAGCCUAGUCCAAGUUUCGUAGCCGUAGAGAGCAACCGGUUUAAGGAGCGUUUUAUAGAUGGUUUACUUCGUGCGGAAGCAUUCCUCGUCAAUACAAUGGAUAUCAAUUUGGUAAUGAGACAGGCCAUUUUUAAUGAUAUGAUCUGUUAGGCGCUAGUCAUCCUCACGCACAAUAACCUGAACACAGUCUUCCCAUGAACAUCGAUAAGUUUGCACCUGUGUGCAAAAUUUCGUGCAGGCGUUCAACCUCAAACUUGCUUUGCCUUUGUGUACAGGUUCGCCUCGAACACCGAACCCAAGCGAACGAUGGGCAAACUUAGGUUUAAACACCGUGUACGUACACCGUGUGCGUACACAAGAAAGGCACACACAAACAGAAUGAGUCAACACUAGUGAUGAUGAGUGAUAGAAAGAGAAAACUAGUGUCAAGAAGCUGUGUGUACGAACACCGCGUACGUACAUGGGGUUCGGUUGUGCAGACGAACAUGUGUACGUGUUUUGGUACGCAUUAGCGCGUUCGAGUUUGCACACGAAAUGUGGGUUUAAGAUGAGCACAGAACUAGAGCGAACAUGGUGUUCGAUGUUCAUUUGGGAAGUCUGCCUGAACAUGCCGUUCAAACACGACUUGUUUCUUCUCGUUUUUAUUGUUGGAAAUCACGCCGGACUACCGUACCGGAGAAUUGAUGUUUAUACAUUCGCCAACAUCAUUGGGAUGACAUCCACUGUUGGAAAGAUCGUUCUCACUUUCCGUGUACUUGGUAAGCCUGCGCAGGAUCACUCCAACAGUUUUCCGACGGAAUCCAACAUGUAUAUUACACUUUACACUGAAGGAUUUCCAUCGAAUCGGACCUAUAGCUCCGGAUAAAAGGACUGAAUACAACGGUUCCAUAUGGAAUCUUAAAUUUUCAAAAGCCUUGCAGCAAACCUUAUGUUGCGACCUCCACAUAAAGCGCCGGGAAUUUGAUUGGAAUUCAGAUUGUUUUUAUAUCCAAAAUAAUUUUACAAAACAAACGAUUCUGUCUGUCGAUUGUAACGUCUAAAGUGCAAUUGAUUCACAAAUCAAUCUGUGUAGCCUUUCCAUGAGACGUUUGUCUGACAAUUUACAGGUGUCUUCAUCCUUCCGCGAACAGAAGAAUCUGUCAGACGAACGUGUUUCGUUAAUCAUAUUCGUUUGAUGUUUGGACUGAGUCGAUGAUUUUGUCGGACGUCGAAUCCACGCUAGAACAAAAACAUAAAUGCCUCAUAUGACGGAACGGCAAACCAUGAAUCAAAUCUCGGAUGGGUUUUGGUGAUAGGAGGAAAACGGGCUCAUGAACAAUGUACCUUAUAAUAAUGCGUGAAUAUAAUUUCCUACCAUACAACAAUAACUAAAUAAUGUUAUUUUGUGAAUCGCAACCAUUUUUUUAUUUCGUUAUCAGGAAAAAAAAUUGAGACUGUCCUGUAAAAUUAAUUCAACUACCAACUUGAUACAUGUGGAUAGUAUGCCCAGAGCCGCAGCGUGUGAUUGUCCGCGUUUGCCCCCUCCAAUGACGCCAGUCUUAAAGGGCGCUGAAAUCAUGACUGGAUUUUUAAUUUUUGUGAGGAUGAAUAAUGAAAUUAGUCAAGAUAAUGUGCCAUUUUCAAGGUAACUGAACACUGUAAAAGAGAAUUUUAAACUAGCAACGUAAAUUCCGGACAGCCGGCCAUCAGGAGUGUUGCUUCUUAUUUACACUUCAGCUUGAACUUCGCGUUCAAUAGCGAGAAAAUGCAUUGAAACAUACCCAAUCGAUAUUUUUUCAAGGAUUUUUUACAGAAGUAGAGAAAAGAAUGACGUAGUCGAGUAGAGUAGAGUAAAAGAAUGACAUAAUCGAAGGUAGUACCGAACUGAAGCUGCAACAGAAAACUUGAUUAUAUUUGUGAAGAGAAUAUGAAAUAAUUUUGAGCUGCCCAAAAUGAACAUCAACUGUACCAAAAGUUUAACUUUUGUAUGACGGAUAUAAAGAUCCAAGAGCGUGUCCUUUGUUCCACUUCCCUGUCAGAAUACGACCUACAGAUCAUCACUAAUGCAGCUAUUGCCCUUCGCUGUAUAUAUGAACUGAGUGAUUGGGGUAAGAACCCGACCUAGCUUCGGGUCCAAGCUAAAACGGCAUAAGGUGACUCGUACCCUGGUUGGCACCGCGGGUGAGGUAAGGGAUGGUAGUUCUGUAUCAGAGGUGAAUGGCGACAUAGUUUGGCUUCCUGUUGAAUAAUAAUACGGAUUGUUAAAUAUAAAUUACAAAUCAAAUAAAAUGCGCUGUGGCAUUUUUAGCUACAUUUUUUUAACAAUCAGUUCCUAGUUACUGAAAAAAUUGAAUCAGGGAUAAUGCCAAAUGACCAUUCAGCUAUUAUUCCAAAUGACUUUAUGCUGAUCUUCUAAAUCACACCGUUUUAGAAUUUUAAUGCUCAAUAUGAAUUGUUUUGUUAGUUAAUUUAUUGUUCCAUUCGUCUUUACGAUUCUAUAGUCCAGAUAUCCGAAUAGUUUACAUCUUCGAGUGAACUUGACAGAGGUACGAAUUUCAAUUCAUGUCCUACUGAGAUGAAGGUCUUUUGUUUGUUUGCUUCAUCACUGAUUUGGUCGGUGCACCGCAGCCAUUCAAUUAUUUUCGGGUCAACUUCAACAUGCAACUUUGCAAAGUAAAUUUUGCAACCAUGCCACUUUAAGAUGGAUUAUCGAGGAAAAAUUCAGUGAACAUGGAUGGCACAGUUUUUUACGCUUGGUAAUGUAAAUGCUGCCUUUUUCUGCCUCCAAUCUGUUGGAAUAUAACAAAUGAAUAUUUUGGCAGGUGAAUUAAAUUAUAUGUUUGUUCCAGUACCAAGAGAAAUUGGAAUUUCUGUUUCUGUAUUCAUUACUUCUCCUUUUUUUCUUCUAGUUGCAAAACGGAGUAAAUAAGAGCGAGUUUACCUGAUAUAUCUAAUGAACUGAAGGCAUUCGACUCUGAAACUUCGGGCAGCUUGCAAGUGAAUUAAUGAGAGAGGCUUUGAAGUGACAUGUCGGUUGUGGUGAAUUCACGCGGACGUGGGUAUUUCACACCAAUGUUCUAGUCUCUGAAAUCAAGCUUCGCAAAAAAUUUCUUCCUGAGAAUUGUUUUGAAUUAUUUUGUAAUUAUAUUUGGAAAUUGAGUAACAAAUACUAAUAAUUUGUCGACCACGAUUUUUUUACAUAAUCACUAUAAUGUUUGAAUAAACUCAUGGAACAUAAUGACUUUCAUGAGAUUUUUUUUAAUUCGUUUUACUUCAUCGAAAAGAUUGUAAAAUAAAAAAUGAAUAAAAUAUGUGCACCCAAUACAAAAAAAAUCUCGGCAAUUCUAAACUUUUAAACUGUGCAUCUGGAUAAUUUUAGUAAAACCAAUUAUAAACAUCAUGCCAACGUUCACACAAAACGCACCCGUCUACCGUGCCUACCACAUCGUUGAAAUGCGCUGUAAUAUGCCAGGAACUUCUGAAAGACUUAUCACUACUUUCUAGUCAUUUUAGCAGCUCCUUUACGACAAACUAAAAAGGAUAAUAAUUUACAGCCUAGUUACAGGAAACCCGAACGAAGGGAACCCUUUCGGCGGAAUAACUUACAUCCCUAGCACGAAAAAAGGACACUAUUCAUAUUCGAGCUAAACAAUGAAGUAAACCAACUUUGGAAGAAGAAUUUUUAACGCUUUUGAUUUCCAAUACAAGUAAACAGAAAAACCAAUACCAAGUUUUAGCGAAUCAGCAACAUAAAUCAGAUAUAUACAGCAGCAUAGCCAGCUAUCACAACCACAACAGCAGCAAACCGCAUUGAAGUUCGUUUUCACCACAAAACAGCACAUUUUUUGAGUUCCACUAACCGACAAUCUUUGGUUUUCACUCAAACGGCAGAACAAUUCUGGUUUUUUACAUUGAGGCACCUUGAGAAUACAAAUACAUUUAAGAGGUUUUUGAAUUGAACACAACUUGAUGAGCAGUGCGAAAACAGAAACGAAAUCAUACCCCCACAACCACAACUACAUGCAAAAAAUACACCACGCGGCAUAAUAGGAAAGAGUUACAACUAUUCACCACAACAUCAUCUACGCCCAUCUAGCAUUACUAUCUCUUAAGGAUCAAAAUUCAUCAAAGCAAAUAGGAGCAUAAUGAAAACAGAAGAUUCAGGAACAUUUAUUAUCCAUAAAUAUACUAUUUAGUGGUAGUUGUCCAAAAUUCAAGAAAAACAAGACAACCAAAAAAAACGUGGAAAGCAACAAAGUAUAACACUAUUACUUUUUAUGUGAAUUGUUUCCCUUGAUUCUUUGUUUAUUAUUCUGUGUAAUCAAAAUGACGAAAGCAGAAAAGAGCACUUUAUUAAUUAUUAAAGCUAAAGAGGUCACAGACAAAAUCAUUAAACACGCAGAGAAAUAGACACAGCAGUUUUUUUUCUUAAUUUAGGGAAAGAAAAAGUGAAAACUAUUUUGUUGUAUAAGAUGUUAUAGUAAAUGUAUAUAAGGCGAAAAAAGAUGAAGAGAAAGGUUAGAAUCACACACACACACAAAACCAAGCGUUGACGGAGCGCAAAUAACAUAACUGCAGUAGUGGAGAUGACAACAAUGGAGAACACACAUUUAGUAUUAGAAAUUUAGCCGUGACAAAAAAGAACGUUUAGGUAUGUGUCUGAGAUAUAGCAUGCAAAAUAAAAAAAACAGCCAGGAAAUUUAAACACACAUGGAUGGAACGCAAAAUUGUACACAUGUUUUGGGACGAAAUUUGAAAUUAAAAUUAUAUUCACUCCUUUACGUUGAGGGUCAAAAUUUUACGCAACGGCUGGGUAAGCUCCAGGAAGCAACAGCAGCGCGCAGAUACACGCAGGUUUUAAAAAAUUACGUUUUUGAUUUUUAGGAGCGCGACGAAAAGCGGAAAAAAUAAACCAGAAUAAGAAUUAAGCAAAAAUCUGAUAAACGAAGUGAUAACAAAAAAACAUGAGAGCGAAACACAGGAGAGAAGGUGAAUGCUGUAUAUACAACAAAAAGAAGAAAUUUUAUUUACAAUUUUUUCAGAAAAGUGAAACGGAAAAAAUGUGAAACAAAUCGUGAAUAAGUGGAAAAUCUUUAUGACUACUGAAAACAAAUCACGUGCAGCUAAGCUGCAUUUUAUACGAAUUUUCUAUUGAAGGUUAUUUUUUUAAUUUACAUUAAAUUGAGGAUCAGGAAAAGUGCGCGAGAGCGCCUGCGUGCGUUCUCGCGUAUCGGAGCCAGGACGGCACAGUUCAGCGGAACCAGAAAAUUGAAAAUUUGCAGGCUCUAACCAGAUUUUCUCGGUGAUACAAGAUUAGAUGCAGUUUCGUGGCAAAAUAAAAAAGGCAAGCGUAUUUUAGGAUAAAGAACAGGCAAAUUCGGCAUUAGGAGUUCGAAGGAAAAUAAAACAAAAUCAAGUGUUAAUAUGGAAAUAAACUAAAAGUAGCGAUAUAUCGUAAGCGAGCAAGUUUAGGUCGAACAUAUAAAAUUACGCAGAAGGUUUACUGUAAGGGCAAAACUAACGGAAAAUUCGAAACUAAAAUUAUUAUUGCGUUCAGCAGAUUAUGAUGCAAUUAAUGAUAACAUUUAUUUAUUACAUUUGUAAGAAGAAAAACCUAUAUAGAUUUUCCUUAUUUUUAAUAUUUUGUUUUAUUUUUAUAUUUUAGUAUAACUCUGAUAACACGCAUUACUUUAGGUUUAGCGCUGAGAAAGUUCAUAUAAUUUAUUAAGGAGAUAACAAAUCAACAAUAUGAACCACAAUGUCCUCCAUAAACAAAACAAUAGUGAAAACGAGUGCGUUAAGAAGAUGCAGAAAAUAGUCGAUUCCUAUUUCCUAUUAGACAAAGGGACACACAGAUAAAAUCGCACCAACGUCCGUACUUAUGAUAAGAAUGAAGGCAAAACUAAACGGUACCAGUUAGAAGUGUACUAGUGUAAAUCGGUGUUUAUAAAUGCAAAUAAAUGCCAUUUUUUGUAAAUGAAAAAAAAAAAACGUUCAGAGUAUGAAAAAUCACAGAAAUCGCGCAACCCUUCACACCGUACAAAUUAACUUUAGCAAGGCGGGAAUGCUGUGAAGGUGUUUAAAACCUCAACCCAAAUUGAGCCGAUUUCACUAGUCCACACAAAUACACAUGGACACAGCUCGAUCUAGGGACCAUUACUUUCUGCAUCCGAAAACAAAGCCCCCCUGGGACGAGAGAACAUUGAUGAAAGGAAGCGAUAAUAUACGUGUAAAUGUGACAGGGCGUGUAAAGCAACAAUAAAUAGUAGCAUGCUGCGCAAAAUUACAUUGCACACACACACACACACAAAAAGAGAAAAAGAAAAUACAAUCCCUACACAAACUAGCGUGCGAAUGAUAUGAUUUCCAUACAUUUUACAUUUACAGCAACCACAGAAAGUGAAGCAAAUAUAAUUUCAGCUUUUUUGCUCUUUUUUACACACAAACUAAAACGAUUGUGCAGAGAGAUAAUAAUAAAUUAACAAAACAAAAGAAAUGAAACUAAUCGAAAAAUCGCAUAGAAAUUCGCUCCAUACCCCAUAAUUUCUAUUUUGAUUAUAUGUUCACCCUCUCAACCCGCAUAAAAAUCCACAAACACACACACAUAUACACGUGAAAGUAAGAAAACGUUUGUGAACUUUAACGGAAGUGAACACCGACAAACCAGCACACAAAAUACUUUUGACGACAAAUGAUCCUUUGCUCUUAGUUUAUAGCUUUUGUUUAUUGUAAAACAAAAAUACAGCCAGUAUAAUGUAUCCUUAAUGUUUCAAACUAUAAAUUAUAUUAUCAAAAUUAAUAAAUGUUUUGAAUAUAAAGUAGUUUCAAAAA